AUGCUCCUACCACGCGCCGCGGCCCUCCGAGGCGCUGCUCUCCUCGUCGCCAUAGUCAUCCAGAUCGCGCCAAUUCAAGCAGCGAAACAAUGCUACUGGAUGGACGGGACGAUAACCGACAGCGUCGUCCAGCCGUGCAAUCCCGAUGCCGAAGUCAGCCCCUGUUGCGCCCUGAACAAGGCCAAGCCCGACCUCUGCCUCUCCUCGGGGCUCUGCUACUCCCAAGACUCUGGCGUCGAGGGGUUCCUCUACUCGGACGGCUGUACGGACCGGACCGGCGAGGACGAGAAAUGCCCGCAUUUUUGCAUUGACCGGUCGGCAAAAUGGAAGGCGUACAAUGUGCUGCAGUGCGAGGCUGGAAAUGCCGGCAGCCAGUUCUGCUGCCGCACGUCGAGCGACAACACGAAUUGCUGCGGCAACAAGACUGCCAUCCUGAGCACGUCGAUAGGAAGCAUCGUCUUCCCCACGAAGACGGCCUCGGCUGGAGGAUCUUCGACAUCAUCGACGGCAAGCGCCACAGCAUCGACGACGUGCAGCCCGGCCAAGAUAGACAGCGCUACGAACAACGAGUGCCCCAAGGACAACACUGCCAUGGUGGGAGGAGCCGUUGGUGGAGUACUCGGCGCCGCUCUCCUCGUCGCGCUGGGUGCCAUAGCCGUGCUGUGUAUGCGCAGACCGAAGGACCAUAGCCAGGAGGUCGUUCAGCCCGACCAGAGUGCCCAGUACACUCCCAACCUCUACAAAGAGUCUCCUCCGGGAUAUCCUCAAACAGCUAGUAGUCGCGGCAUGGAACCCUCCCCCAUGGGCAUUGAGAGCGUUCAUGUCCACGCGCAGGAGCUCCCGGUGCGGCAGGUGCACGAGGUGCAGGGAGACCUGGCCCGAGAACGCGACUCGUAG